AUGCCUCCUCUAAAUUCCCUUGCUAGAGCCGUCUUCCCCUUGCUGGCCGUGGCCGGCCUCGCCGCUGCUGCCACUCCGUAUUCCCCCAAGACUCCGCCGUUGACAACGGACUGGACCGAGCAGGUUGGCACAAACCCCUGGCCGGAGUAUCCCCGGCCUCAGCUGCAGCGGUCGCAGUGGAAGAACCUGAAUGGCGUCUGGGAGUAUCGGAAUGCAGGGGGUCCUGGGGCUGUGGAUACACCGCCGUUUGGACAGUCUCUCGACACAGAGGUCCUGGUUCCAUCAUGUCUAGAGAGUGGUCUUUCUGGCCUCCAAGCAAACGCAAACAGCACACUCUACUCAUGGCUGUCGACCAACUUCACCGUCCCCAAAGACUGGGAGGACAGCGUGCUGCUCAACUUUGGAGCUGUGGACUACGAGGCCACCGUCUUUGUCAACGGCCAGAAUGCUGCCUUCCAUCGCGGAGGAUACUUUGAGUUCACCGUCGAUGUGACCAAGUACAUCAACCCUGAUGCUGACAAUGAGCUGCUCGUCUUUGUCUACGACCCUACAGACACCGAGGGCACCAUGGCCCCUCUGGGCAAACAGACGUUGAAACCCUCGCACAUCUUUUACACCCCAUGCAGCGGCAUCUGGCAGAGCGUCUGGCUCGAAUCCGCCCCAGCAGAGCACAUUUCCCGGCUAGACGUCGCUGCUAAUAAGGACGGCGAGGUUACCGUAACGGUCCACAGCGAGUCCGGCAAAGACGCCUCCGUAGACAUCAAAGUCCUAAAUGGAGACGAGGAAAUCGCCUCCCACACCGGAACCGCAAACCAGGAAUUCACAUUCACCGUCGACGACGUCAAGGUCUGGUCUCCCGACACACCCAACCUGUACAACAUCACCGUGACCCUGGGCAAGGACACGGUGUCCAGCUACACGGGGUUCCGCACCGUCUCCAGGGGCAAGAUUAACGGCAUCGAGCGCCCUCUCCUCAACGGCGAAUUCAAAUUCAUCUUUGGCACCCUGGACCAGGGAUACUGGCCUGAUGGCCUGCAUACGCCCCCGACUCGUGAGGCAAUGGUUUACGAUCUCAAGGUUCUCAAGGAGUUAGGGUUUAACAUGGUUCGGAAGCAUAUCAAAAUCGAGCCCGGUCUCUUCUACCGCGCUGCCGACGAGCUCGGACUCCUAGUCAUCCAGGACAUGCCGUCUAUGCCGCAGCGGCAGCCCGACGCGGCCCAGCAGGAGGAGUUUGCACGCCAGCUGGAGCUCAUGAUUAACCAGCUCAAGAGCCACCCUAGUAUCUUCUCUUGGGUAAUCUACAACGAAGGCUGGGGCCAGCUCGACAACGGGGAGCCAGAAUUCGGCCUCACAGACCGAGUCAGAAAACUGGACCCAACCCGUCUGAUCAACGCCGUUACGGGAUGGCACGACCACGGCGCGGGCGACUUUAGUGACAACCACCACUACGCGAACGCGCAAUGCGGGACGCCGUACUGGUCUUCUGCGUCCAGCCCCUACGAUCCCAAGCGGAUUGCGCUGCAGGGCGAAUUCGGCGGUAUUGGGCAUAAUGUGUCGCUUGAGCACCUCUGGAACGUCCAACAAGCCAUCGACAGUAUCCCAGAAACAUACGAGAUCGACGAGAAUCUCGAGAUCUGGAACUAUCGCAGCCGGUUCCUUCUUAGUGAACUCCGCGAGCAGAUCCAGAAGUUCGCGUGCAGUGGCGCCGUCUGGACACAGACGACGGAUGUAGAGGGUGAAGUUAACGGGCUCAUCACUUAUGACCGCCGCGUCAAGCGGGUGAAUGAGAAGCAGUGGAAGGAUGAUAUUGAGAGCUUGUAUAGUGCUGCUCGCGGGAGGGGGGAGAAGUGA